CCAGCGGCGCGGCCUGUUUCCGGCGAGGCGGCUGAGGCGGAGCGGAAGUCGGAGGUGCCUUUUGGGCUCUCGGAAGAGGGAAGCGACAUGUCGGCGGCGUUUAAAAAGGCAGCGAAGUCCCGGCAGCGGGAGCACCGGGAACGAAGCCAGCCUGGCUUUCGAAAACAUCUGGGCUUUCUGGAAAAGAAGAAAGAUUAUAAACUUCGUGCCAAUGACUACCACAAGAAACAGGAGCAUCUCAGAGCCCUUCGGAAGAAGGCCCUGGAAAAAAAUCCUGAUGAGUUUUAUUUUAAGAUGACUCGGGUUCAACUCCAGGACGGGGUCCACGUGGUCAAGCAGCCUAAGGACGAGGUGACCGAUGAGCAGCUGAAGGUGAUGAAGGCUCAGGACAUCAAAUAUGUGGAGAUGAAGAGGGUGGCAGAAGCCAAGAAAAUCGAACGCCUGAAAUCGGAGCUCCACCUGCUGGAGGCCUCGGGAAAGCAGAAGAACAAGCACGUCUUCUUCUUUGAUACCAAAAAGGAAGUUAAAGAGUUUGAUAUUGCCACUCACCUGCAGACGGCCCCUGAGCUAGUGAAGAGGGUCUAUAACCGGCCGAGGAUAGAGACUUUGAAGAAAGAAACCGUGAAGGGCGUGACGAAGCGGAGCCAGAUCGAGAAGCUAGCUAGAGAGAGGAAAAGGCAAUACAGCCUCCUGAAGCAACGUAUCGAGAGGGAGAAGGAAUUGUUUGUUAUUGCACAGAAAAUCCAAACACGAAAAGAUCUUCUGGAUAAAACCCCCAGAGUGAAGGUGAAGAAUGAAACAGUCAACUCCCCAGCUAUUUACAAAUUUAAAAGUCAACGAAAACGUUAAA